AGUAAACCGUAUCCACCAACAAUAAUACAGAUUGAAAAAUGAUGAUAGUACAUUAAAGUAUUUUCUACCUAGUACAUAUUAUAUAUCGAUGUGCUUGGAUGUGACAGUAUCAAUAAAAUUCUGUUUGGUCCCAAAAUAUGUCAGAGCAGAGCUUUCCAUAUAUUGUAAUUGUCUUUGAAACAUACUAUAAAACGUUGUGAUUAUCUCAGAACAAUGAUUAUAUUCUCUUUGACAUACUAUGAAAAUGUCAGAGUCAGUCAGAAUUUUCUGGCAAAGGAAUAUUGUUAUUUAAUUAUUGAAAUGUAGAAAUAUUAUCGUGACAUUGUAAUUGUUUUAAAUUGUUCAGUGUUCAGAUAAGAUUCAUAAACAUGAAGAAAUUAAUAUUAAUCAAAGCAAUUUUAUUACUUUUUGCCCUUGCAAAAAUUGACGCAAAUUCAAUCUACAAACAACAAUCCAAAAAUCCUAGCUAUUUCAUGCAAAUGUUGCGACCGUCUGAUGAUAUUAAAAACCAAUUUGCUUCAAACAACACAAGAAUAAAUGGAGACAGUCCCGAUAUGUCUGUAAUAUCUCAUAUUAAAAAGCAAAAUGUAAACAGAGUCAGUCAAAAACAAUAUGAAGUUAUUAAUAUGCUUUGGAGAAAAACAAAAAUAUUUGUCGAUAUAGAAACUAGUACUGCAAGUUAUCAACCACGACAUAAAACAAUACCAAGAAAAUUUUACAGUAUUACUAAACACAGAAAUCCUCUCCAACUUUCCCUUUCUCGCCCAAUGCCACAAAUAUCUACGCCUAGCUACAUAGAAUUCUACUAUAUACAUGAAAUUGAUGAGAGAGUUAAAGAAAAAAAAUCACCCAGCUGUAAUAUCGAUAUAAAAAUUGCAAGUCAAGCAGGAUUAAAGAACAAUACUGAAUUAGUUGCAAAUAAGACUUUGCAUGGAUUCAGUAAUUUUUAUAAACAUUCUGUUAUUACUCCGCAUCAACGAUUGUCCCAUAAUAACUGGAAACAAAAAGAAAAUAUUAAUUUUAUAUAUUACGUAGAUUUUUUUACACACAAAAAAGCGACGCUGUUUAAUAAAUCGAAACCAAAUGUUGCAAAAACUGGAAGUAACAAUAAAUACCAUCAGGAAAAAGUUACAUCGCUCGAUACGUUAUUUGGAAAUGAAACAUGUCCAUAUACUACACUGCAAGACGAUGAAGUGACUUUGCGAAAUAAGGAUACGGUCGUAAAUACCAUAAAUGUAAAAAGCCAUCACACGAAACAACUUCAAAGUAAUAUAAGACCACCAGAAGAAAAUAAAAAUAAUUAUGAAAGAUUACUAUUAGAACAUGUGGAUCCAAAUACCAGACAUGACUAUGAGUCAGAAAAUAAAACCAAGCAUUUUAAAAAACACAUCGCUGCACGAGAAAAAAAUACAAAUGAUAUACAAAAUAAACACAUGAAGCAAGAUCCCAAGCUAAACACGAUGUUAUUGAACGUUAAAAUGAAUAAUGAUAUGAAGUGUUUAAAUAUAUCUCCUAGUGAUGAAUUAAAUGCUGAAUUGGCAAACCGUAAAUUAUUAUAUGAUUUUGUGAAUAGAUCUGUUUCGUGGUCAGAAUACCGCUUUCUUGGUGUUUAUGUGUACGAACCUCUGCAGGUACACUGCGAUGCUGCAGGGAUAAGUCCGCAUUGGCUUAUAACAGCUGGAUCUUGCCUCGCCCGCCAUCAUAAAAAUCCUGGAGGAGAUGGGUUAUCAGCCUAUGUGACUUAUUGUGGUGAUAACUGGUGGAAUCCGGAGAGGGUGUCCUAUGUUAAAUAUAGUCUUGUGCAUCCAAGAUAUCACCCUAGGAACAGGAUUCGACGACAUUUAUAUAAUAUAGGUAUAAUCCAGGUGGUUAAUUCUAUGGUGUCGGCGUGUCCGGGUUGGUCGCCAGUGUCAUUGAUGUCUCAUCAUUUCUCUGCAAGCGGCGGCGGCGCAAGAGCAACCGCUAUUGGAUGGGGACUAGACAGAUAUGACGCUAGAUAUGCAGUUACGGACUUGCCGAAACACACUAUUAUGAUGUACGACGCUUUAUUAUAUUCCGAUUCAUGUCCUGGGAAUAUUGGAUACAGCAAAGCAAGACAACUUGAAGACGAAGGUGGAGUGAGGAAUGUAUAUUGCCUGGCACUGCCGCCAUACAAUGGCGAAGAAAAUGAUCCAAUACACGGAGGGUUGCUGAUGGUCGGAGAGAAAUUAAUAGCGUUGUACUUACAGGAGGAGCGAAGGCCUUGGGGCGAGCAGUCGGCUCUAUACACCGGCACUUGGCGAUUGGUACCGUGGGUUCUGGACAACGCUCGUGAAUCUGAAGAGUCAGAUAUUUUUACAGUUGAUAUAUAAAGGCAUUUUUUAUGACAUUGUUUGGUGUUAUAUUUCUUAAAGCUUUUAUAAAUUAUAUUUUAUUAUAUCCUUGAUA